CACGCCCAACUCUCUGUAGCCCUUGUAUCUGCUAGUUCCUGUGUGGUUUGCCUACAGACUACAGGGCUAACGGGGGGUAGUUUGGAGGAGGGAGUAAGAAAUAAGGCAGAGAAGGAAGCACUAUUAAUGGAUCUGUGAGCUUGUACCCUGUUUUAAUGCAGUCCUUGGAAGACACAAGGAGGACCUGUACUCUGACAUGCAGUAAUCUUGACGUGAGACUUCACCUUCCUUCUUGCAAGAGAGGAUUCUAUUAACUUGGUGUCAAAGCCAAGACAUAGACUCAACCUCUUCUCUUCAAAAAGCUUCACAUCACAACAUGGAAGCCAUUGCCAAGUUUGACUUCACCGCCUCCGGCGAGGAUGAGCUGAGCUUUCACACCGGAGAUGUUCUGAAGAUCUUAAGUAACCAAGAGGAGUGGUUCAAGGCGGAGCUUGGGAGCCAAGAAGGAUAUGUGCCCAAGAAUUUUAUAGACAUCCAGUUUCCUGAAUGGUUUCACGAAGGCCUCUCCCGACACCAGGCAGAGAACUUACUGAUGGGCAAGGAGGUUGGUUUCUUCAUCAUCCGGGCCAGCCAGAGCUCCCCAGGGGACUUCUCCAUCUCCGUCAGGCAUGAGGAUGAUGUUCAGCACUUCAAGGUCAUGAGAGACACCAAGGGUAAUUACUUCCUGUGGACAGAGAAGUUUCCAUCUCUAAAUAAGCUGGUGGACUACUACAGGACGACCUCCAUCUCCAAACAGAAGCAGAUCUUUCUGAGGGAUAGAACCCGAGAGGAUCAGGGUCACCGGGGCAACAGCCUGGACCGGAGGCCCCAGGGAGGCCCACACCUCAGCGGGCCCGGGGGAGAAGAAAUCCGGCCGUCGAUGAACCGGAAGCUGUCGGAUCAUCCAGCGCCCCCUCCCUCGCAGUACCCCCCGGCACCGCCACAGCAGCAGCGCUAUCUACAGCACCCCCACUUUCAUCAGGAACGCCGGGGAACCAGCCUUGACAUAAACGACGGGCACUGUGGCGUGGGCAUGACCAGCGAAAUGAACGCCGCCCUCAUGCACCGGAGACACACAGACCCAGUUCAGCUCCAAGUGGCUGGGAUCCUCCUCCGUGUGACCGUGGCUCCCAAGGCCAGCCCAGCCGCCCUGGCUCGGCAGGACCCCUCUGUGUUUCCCCGACAGCGAGUGCGGUGGGCCCGGGCGCUGUACGACUUCCAGGCCCUUGAGGACGACGAGCUGGGCUUCCGCUGCGGAGAGGUGGUGGAGGUGCUGGACAGCUCCAACCCGUCCUGGUGGACCGGCCGCCUGCACAACAAGCUCGGCCUCUUCCCCGCCAACUACGUGGCCCCCAUGAUGCGAUGAGCCCCUUCCGGUGGGGCCCGAGGCUUUCGUCUGAAGCUGCCUGCAAGAGAGGGGGCAGGGGAGAACAGCAGGAACUACGUGUACAUCCGUGUAUAUGCGUGUGCACACACACGCGCCUAUGUGUACGUGCAUUCGAUAAUAGUAAUUUAUUGGCGAUGCGGUCGGUUCAUUAGUUGAUAUGAAAGGAAGUCAGGUGGAGAAUUCUAUUCGUACUUGUUUUUCUGCUCUCCCCUCAGCGGGUGUGUGGAAGGCAGGGGGAGUGUUGGGGUGGGGGUGGGGCAGAGACAUGAAACCGAAGUUCUUCCUGUCCUUAAGAUGGCACCGCUUCCUCCUGGUCUUGGGACUUUCACUGAGAAUAGCCGAGCAGAGAUCCACAUCCCGGCGUUGGACACAGAACAACAGGGUGGAGCCGGACUCGGUGGGGCCACGUUUCGGCUUUCCCUCCGAGCCCCGCUCCCCUUGAGGUUUUGCAGGGCAACGUCCCUCCCGUGCGACCAGGGUGGGCACUGCUGGGCAGAGACCAGAGGGGCCGCCACACGGGACUGGAGCAGCGGGUGCCUGGAGGCCUGGGCGAGGCUGGCCUCCUGCCCCCUGCUCAGCGGAGACCUCCGCCUCCCUCGCCGGAGUGCUCCUCAGCCCUGAGAAACAGAGACCGUGAGGAGCCCAGCACUGGCAAAUGGCGGGUUUUUCACAAAUCCCCAGUGGCUUGCUUGGGUGUCACCUCUGUUUCCCCGGAUACCAAGAGAGCAGCAUGUACAUUCUGUAAAGUGCUCGGAGAAGCCCUGGCUGAGAAUGCGGGACUUUAAAGCCAUUGUUUCACGACUCCCAGGGUGUCUCUUUGGGUCUCUGUUGGUUUUCCGUUGUCCUGAGGAUGCUUUGCCCAGUGGCAGAGAGGGAAGCCCACUCCACAAGAGCAUUGACUAGCAACUGUUGAUCGGUUGACUGAUUGCCCGAACUUGACCCUGGGAGGGAGCCGGCUUUGACGGGAGCUUCCUGUUGGAUCUGGCCGUAGAGUCAUUGCUGGCAUCCUCUCUCCAGCCUCGACCCAAGAGCUGCACCUGGGGAGAGGGACCCCAUUGCCCCUGUCCCUCCUGCCACCUCAAAAUAGAAUUAUGUUUCCUUGGGCUCAGCUGGGGGUGUGGAGCACAGGCUGGCCUGGCUGGGGAGAAGGGACCCUGGAGAAGGAAACAGCGUUUUGGUGGAGCCUGGGAGCAAACACGUCUGUGCCGAGAGACCUGAGAAGAGGGUGUGUGUGUGUGAUGAGGCCUAAGUGACAGGCUGGGUGCACGUGUUGGUGAGGGAGAAUGAUGGGGGGGGAGGCGUGCCUGCUCCUUUGUCUUCUUCCCCAGCCCUUCUUGCUCUAAGGAGUGAUGGGGGCAGCCGUUAUCGAGGGUGAAAGGAGAAGAAGAAAGAGCGUCUGGCUCAGAAGCAACUGUCGGGGUAACAUAGGCUGCGUCCCUUUGACUCUGAAGGCUACGAUUCUGUGAUCCCUCUGUUGUCUUUAGAGAAAAAGGGGAAAAGAAGGCACUCCACAGCGAGUCUUGGGAGGGAAGAGAAAAUAGCCUGAGAGAGGCAGGGGGAGUCAGGUGACGGUAAGGAACAUCUGGCUCGCAGCCUUUAGAAAUCAAAGAACAGAAAGGAAAAGGUAGCAGAGAUGUUUCAAAAGAUCAAGGAGCAGCGUGAGACACAAAGGGAGGGAAAGGGAGCAAGAUGGUAAGUGGGACAGGCGAGGAAGACGUUGGAGUAGAGUCAGCAGGCCGGCCGGCGGCUGACAACCAGGGGAAGGAGGGAUCCAGCAGGUGGGGAAGGAGGAGUUACAGCAGAGCCGUGAAAGCCACGGAAGGCAGGGACCAAGACACCACAGGAACGAAGAGGAACGAACAGGGAGAAAGAAAAGCAAGGCAGAGAAGACCUAAAAGCUAUUUUGGUGCUAGGUAAUGUGAACAUGUUGCAGUAAAUAAAAGCCAAAAGUGAUGUUUGAUUUUACAGUA